CGCCAUUCCCCGUUUAUCCAGCUCGCCAUUCAGUUCAGAAAACCUAGUUCCCCAUCGUCACGUCUCCGGCGACCACCCUCCGCCGGCUUCCUGCUCAACCGCGCCGGCGGCCCACGCGUCCCUGGAAGAUCCCGAUAGGAAACACAACCCUAGCCUAGCGGUCGUCCCUGCCGCGGCGGUUGCCGCCGUCCUCGGCGACCCCCUAAGGCUAGCGCCCUCCUGACGUCCGCCCUAGAGCCGACCUUGUCCCAUCCCCCACCUCCGCGGCCUCCUCCUCGUGCAUGGCGACAUUAUCGCCUCUCGGAAUCUGAAGCGCCCGUCAGGCCCUAUUUCGUGUCCCGGGGUCGUCGAGUGGAGUGGUCAGGCCGGAGGGAGGAUCACCGAGAAUGGCGUGGCGCGUGUUGCUGCGAAGAAAGGAUGUCCACACAGGCCUUUUGAAUUUGGCCUUCCGCGCUGGUGGAACGGAGUGUUUCUCCAGUGGAGCUGUUGCAAAGCCAUCGCAGUUCAUACAUUGCAAUAAACUCCAAGGUGCUGCUAACUGUACGAUCUUUAAACACUACCCUAUCAGGAAUUUUCAUGCAGGUGUGUAUAUGUUAGCAUGGAGUCGGAAAAAGGAGGAUGUUGUAGGGUUAAAAGCACCGAAAAAGGAGAAGCGGGUAAGGAAAGAAACUAGGACUCAACCUCCGGUAGAAGCGCCAUAUGUUGCACCAAAACCAAAGAUGACCAUCAAAACAUCACCGGAUAAAACUGUUGAGAUUUUUGAUGGCAUGACACUGCUCGACCUAUCUAAACGAUCCGGUGCAACUAUCAGUGCACUUCAAAGCAUACUACAAGAUCUUGGCGAGAAGGUUGAAUCAGAGUUCGAUUCUAUCAGCAUUGAUCUUGCUGAGUUAGUUGCUAUGGAAAUUGGUGUUAAUAUCAAAAGAAUGCACACAGGUGAAGGCACAGUUGAACCACGGCCUGCUGUUGUAACAGUUAUGGGUCAUGUUGAUCAUGGUAAAACAUCACUUCUGGAUUCCCUACGGCAAACAUCUGUUGCAGCUAAGGAAGCUGGCGGGAUCACUCAGCAUAUAGGUGCCUUUGUUGUUGAGAUGACAUCAGGAGCUUCUAUCACGUUUCUUGACACACCAGGGCAUGCUGCAUUUAGUGCAAUGCGGGCUAGAGGUGCAGCUGUUACAGAUAUUGUAGUGCUUGUGGUUGCAGCAGAUGAUGGUGUGAUGCCACAAACACUUGAAGCUAUGUCACAUGCAAAAGUAGCAAAUGUUCCCAUCGUUGUUGCUAUAAACAAAUGUGACAAAUCUGGGGCUGAUCCUGAGAGGGUCAGAAUUCAGCUUGGUUCUGAAGGAUUGCUUUUGGAGGAUAUGGGUGGUGAUGUACAGGUUGUUGAAAUUUCUGCAUUAUCCAAACUUGGUUUGGAUAAACUGGAAGAGGCGUUGCUCCUUCAAGCUGAGAUAAUGGACCUGAAAGCCAGAACAGACGGGCCUGCUCAAGCUUUUGUGGUGGAGGCAAGGGUGGACAGGGGCAGGGGACCACUAGCUACAGCUAUUGUUAAGUCCGGCACAUUAAUCAGUGGGCAAUACAUUGUCGUGGGAGCAGAGUGGGGAAGAAUUAGAUCGCUUAGAGAUACGGCAGGUAAAGUAACAGAGGCUGCAAAACCCGCAAUGCCUAUUGAAAUUGAGGGGCUAAGGGGCCUUCCUAUGGCUGGGGAUGAUGUAGUGGUUGUUGACUCCGAGGAAAGGGCAAGAAUGCUUAGUCAAGGGAGGAAGAAGAAACAGGAGAAAGAUAGGCUUAGGAAGAUUGAUGAAGGUAUGACAGAGGAGGCAGAAAUUGCAGAAGAGACUCCUGAGAGAGUUGAGAUGCCCAUUAUUGUCAAAGCUGAUGUACAGGGCAGUGUUCAAGCAGUUACAGAUGCCUUAAGAAGUCUUAAUAGUCCACAGGUGUUUGUGAAUAUUGUUCAUGUUGGUGUGGGCCCAGUAAGUGAACAUGACAUUGAUCUGGCACAAGCAUGCCGAGCAUACAUAGUUGGUUUCAACGUUCGCAAUCCACCGAGUGCAAUCACUCUAGGAGCAACACAAGCCAACAUAAAGAUUUUGCUGCACAAGGUGAUUUACCAUCUCCUUGAGGAAAUGGGAAGGCUGAUUGUGGAGAAGGCACCAGGGGUUGCUGAAACCCAAAUUUCAGGGGAGGCUGAGGUUCUGAACAUAUUCGAGCUGAAAGGGCGUAGCAAAUCAAAAGGGCCAGACAUCAAGAUUGCUGGCUGCCGGAUAACCGACGGACACUUCAGCAGAUCUGGAACCAUGAGACUAUUGAGGAGCGGAGAUGUCGUCUUUGAGGGUCCAUGUGCAUCUCUGAAGCGAGAGAAGCAGGAUGCUGACACUCUCGACAAGGGUUCCGACUGUGGGCUGGUGAUUGAGGAUUGCGAUCAUUUCCAGGUUGGGGAUACCAUCCAGUGCUUGGAGCAGGUGAUCAGGAAACCCAAGUUCAUAUCCACACAAAGCGGGGCAGUCAGGAUAGAGUGCUGAACUGGUGAUUGAUAGUAAUUGUUUGCCGAUGUCAUGAUCCUAUUGCUGGGAAUUCAACCAUUUUUGUUUUGAACUGACCAAGAUUUUGACAAUGUAGCGAGAUAAAAGUGACAGGGGUGGAAUGCUUACUAUUUUCGCUCAAAUGACCAGUUGCAAGUUGCAGCCACACUGAACACCCAUCCAAUGAUUUGUUGGAACAAAACCAUCUCAUCUAGGUGCUUUGAGCUAUGAACCAUUAUGAAGCAUGCGUACUUGAGAAGGAAGCUAGGUUUGUGUAUACUUAAGUUUCCAUGAGUUUUACACGCAGUCGCAUGGUGUAUCUUUAUGCCAGCCUUGAAAUAGGUUGGGGACACUAUACAGUGCUUAGUUUCAACCAAUGUUCUUGUACUGGUAGUGUUUAGAUGCGUUGGGACCUGAGAGUGUGCCUUAUAUAUUCAAUUUUCCUUAA